AUGGCCUCUCUUCUGAGCAAGACAGGCAAGUUGCGGUCUCUCAUACGUGACUUGAAGACAAACUAUUCCAAGUCCGAAAACUUCUCUGCGAACAUCAAGUCACUGCAGGAGGGGAUUAAAUCAAUGGAUGCGGAAUAUGAUAAAUGCCAUGAUGUCUGGGCCAAAGGUGAGCUCAAAAGCUUCAUCGAACAACCGCACGACGAUCUGCAUAGCCUGUCCUUGCGGAGGUGCAGCAGAGUCAUGGCAGCCGAGAUGAAGAUCAAGUCCGAACCUCAUGCAAUGCUUCGGAAAUCCAUUACUUACUGUGCCUCCCAACCGUCUGCUCAGGUCACAAGCUACCGUGCCAGCAUCAGAACGGCCAAGGGCGUCGUUGACGAUAUUGGCAGCUCUUGUGCUGCCAAAUCACCAGGGUUGGGAGAGUUAGCUCGAGUGCCUUUGAACAAGUCGGAGAGAGAUGGGUUUUCCAUCAUGACAAACUAUGAUCUUUGUCUCCCUGUCAAAGUCACCACUUUGGCAAAGGCUUCAGGAGUUUCAUACCCGGGCGGAAUAGAUGUUCUUCGGUUGACAGAUUGGUUGGACUUCAUUGUUGAGUAUGGUUGUUUCCAUGUUCUCUGUGGACUUCAGAGAGCAGACAUUGGCCGUUGUGACGACAUCCUCAAUGAGUUUUGGAAAAGGUAUAAGCGACAGUUUCCUGACCAUGAUCUGUUCAAGAUUGCAGAGCGUCACGCUAUACCACUUCACCGUAUAGCCCCCUUGUACCUACACGGUGACGAGGGCCGGGGCAAGAAACGAUUGCCGAUUUUGGUGCUGAGUUGGCACUCGUGCCUGGGAGGUGGAACACAGUCCGCCAACAGAGAGAGGAAGAAACGAGAAAGAAUCUGCAUGCGUCUUAACUUCACUGGAAGUUGCUACACACACCGCCUUUUGGCAGCGGUUCUUCCACGGAUGACCAAGGAAGAUGCAGCCUUUCAAUCAAUAUUGGAAACAUUGGCUGACGACGCCAGCCAAGUUCUUCUGAAAGGGGCCACUGACUCAGCAGGCAGAACUUUCUACGCAGCAUGCUUGGGAGUUACAGGAGAUUGGAUGUUUCUGGCCAAAGCAGGCAACCUGGCACGCACAUACGGGCACUGCAUAAAGAGACCACUCCGCCCAACCACAAAGCAGGUUGGGAUUUGUCACUUGUGCCUUGCGGGCACCCGAGAGAUUCCCUUCGAGAUGCUUCAGACGUAUGAAAGGCCUGGCUCUAGACCUCCAUGGUGGAAUUCAAGAGGCGCGAAUGGUGCCUUUGACUUCCCAAUUUCUCCACUAAAUCGCAUCCCAUGCGUGCCCAAUUUCCCGGAGAUGUUGUACGUCUAUGACCUAUUCCAUUGUUACCACCUUGGUAUGGGUCGGUACUUCUUGGGUAGCGUGUUGGCGCUGAUGUCAGAGAGAUGUUCUUCCACCAAAGCUGCUGACCGUUUCGACGAACUCACUCAGCUCUACCUCUCCUGGUGUGAAGAAGAACAUCGCUCACCCUAUUUGCAAUCGAUCACCCAGGCAAAGAUAAACUGGCUAGACACCAAGAACUUCCCAGUUGGCCUGUGGACAAAGGGACACGUAACACUCAGUUUGAAUGACUUUGUGUCAGCUUGGGGGCAGCAACAGGACUUUGCAAACGAUGACAUCUUGAAGCUGUGUGUUGAGGCUAACUGCUGCAUACGCAGUGCCAUCCAACGCAUCUUUGCACGGGAUACAUGGCUCAGCAAGAAUGACGCUCUUUACAUUGCCCACGAGGGCCUUCAGUUUUUGAGCAAGUAUGGUCAGCUGGCUCUGCGAGCUUUUCGAGACAACAGAGCAUUGUUCAGCCACGCUCCGAAGGAGCACCCACUUGAACAUAUCUUUUAUGAGCUGAAGCACCAGGGAGAAAGGCUUGAUUAUGUACUGUCGCCAGGUGUGACAAGUGUGCAGCCUGACGAGGACUUCGUAGGAAAGGUGUCCCGAACAUCCAGGAGGACAAAUGCAGAGCAAGCAGUCAGAAGGACCGUGCAGCGGACUUUGAUGGCGGCGAACCAUCAUUGGACUCAGGUCGGCUACAUUUCGAGGUAA